AUGUCGACAUCUGCAAAGCAAUUCAAGGCACUAGGCGACGAUGUUUGGAAGAACAAAGUAGAGAAGAUUAAUGCCGAACUCUUUACGUUAACGUAUGGAUCACUUGUGGUGCAACUUGUCAAGGACUAUGAAGACUACAGCGAAGUCAACAAGCAGUUGGAGCUCAUGGGUUACAAUAUUGGACAACGAAUGAUUGAGGACUUUUUGGCACGGUCAGGUAUUGGACGAUGUGUGGAUUUCCGUGAUACGGCCGAAGCUAUCAGCAAGGUUGGAUUCAAAAUGUUCCUCAAUAUUACUCCUACGGUGGGCAACUGGUCAUCGGAUAACAAGGAAUUCUCGCUGGUGUUUGAUGAAAACCCAUUGACCGAGUUUGUUGAAUUACCCGAGGAUGCAUUAGAAGGUGGUUUAUGGUAUUCCAAUAUCUACUGUGGUGUCUUACGUGGCGCAUUGGAGAUGGUGCAAAUGCAAGUGGAAACCAACUUUGUCAGUGAUGUCCUGCGAGGUGAUGAUGCGACUGAAAUACGUGUCAAGUUGAUCCGCUAUCUUGAAGAAGAGGUUCCUGCAGGCGAGGAUUAG